CUCAACUCAUCAAGCAAACCACAUACAUUCCUCACUUGCUUCCUUGCUUCUUCAUUUCAAGUAUCACAUUCUACCUCAUUCACAAACUAGUCCUUCCAUUUGGCAUUGUUGCACAAACACAAUGGAUAGGGUGACAAAGAUGGUAUCAGAGAGGGCAGUGGUGAUCUUCAGCAAGAGCUCGUGCUGCAUGAGCCACACCAUCAAGACCCUCUUCUGUGACUUUGGUGUGAAUCCAGCGGUUCAUGAGCUUGAUGAGAUCCCUAGAGGCAGAGACAUUGAGCAAGCUCUUUCAAGACUUGGCUGUAGUCCUUCUGUGCCUGCUGUGUUCAUUGGUGGUGAGCUUGUUGGUGGAGCCAAUGAAGUCAUGAGUCUUCACCUUAAUCGCUCUCUCAUUCCAAUGCUUAAGAAAGCAGGAGCACUUUGGGUUUGAUCAACGUAUCUUCACCCUUCUCAUCACCCACGCAUGCACGCUACCUAUAUUAAUAAACACGUUUUGGUUAUAGGGGCUAAUUAUGAGGAAACUAUAUAUAUCCAUGUUAUUAGUAUAGACUAUAGAGUAUGGCACUGGCUAUGUAAUAAUAAUAAGGCUAACUUAACUGAUCCGAGUGUAGUUUAGCCUUUUUUUUGGGGGUUAAUCUUAAAUGUAAUGUUAUCGUUUUGAUAGUUGUAAUAAACUAGAUGGAGUUGUAGCCUUAGCCUACAUGAUGAAAUUUAUCAUUUUAUUUUUAAGCA